AUGCACUCUCGGUGGCCUCGGCUGUGGGCACUGUUCUGUCUACUUUUGAUUGUGCAGCAUGUUAGCGGGGAGGUUUUUAGGGUAGUUCCGAGAGCGGACGACAACCCAGAGAAGACAACGGCAAUCGAUUCCAGCACAACGUCAACACGUGGACACAGUACUGCCACGAAGACUAGCGAGGUUUCCGCGAGGCAGACAGAACUCUCUGAUGCCUCAGAAUCUCAGUCUCAAACCGAAUCUAUCUCAGUGACUGCCACUGAGACGGAGAAAACACAAAGUUCAGACCCUGCAUCAACCAGCACAGAUGGCUCCCUUGAAAGCGGACUUGAUGAUUCCUCGUACUACAAUGCUACGAUACCCGCUGGACAGCUGCCCAUUGAGCCUAGGCUCACCCCGGGCUGGGGCGUUGCAGGAACUAUCUUACUUAUUACUGGCCUCGCAUAUGGCCUUGUCGGGAUAAAAAACCGAAUGAUCCAUACUUUCUUUUCAACUGCUUUCGCUGCAUCAUUGGGCGUUGCCGUUCUCAUUGUUUAUGUCAUGAAAUCCGAAGUCAGUGAUGCUCUACAGGGGGGCUAUGUGGUUGCCGCUGUCAUCUCCGGGUGCGUCCUCGGCGGAGCCUCAAUGUUUUUUCGGGAGAUCACCGAAGGUCUAGGCUGUGCCCUGGGUGGCUUCUGUAUUAGCAUGUGGCUUCUUUGCUUAGUUCCUGGAGGGUUACUCGGACCUGUGGUUGCAAAAGCCAUUUUUAUUGCUUGCUUCACCGUGGGUGGGUUUGCAUUCUACUUCAGCCAUUAUACUCGGGACUGGUCGCUUAUCCUUAUGAUCGCCUUUUCUGGGGCCACUGUUACAGUCUUGGGAAUAGACUGCUUCAGCCGGGCUGGUCUGAAGGAAUUUUGGGCCUGGGUUUGGGAUCUGAACGAUGAUUUAUUCCCUCUUGGCGCAAAUACAUACCCGGUUACUAAGGGUAUCCGCGUGGAAACUGCAGCCAUCAUCAUCUUCUUCCUCUUUGGUAUUAUCUCACAGAUCAAACUAUGGAAAAUUGUCCGGGAGAAACGUGAAAAGAAGGCGGAGGAAGCUGCCGAAGGAGAGCGCAACCUCCGCGAGGAAGAGGAGCAAGUAGGCCGGAACAUAGAAGAAGCGAACGCUCGAGAAAGGCGCCAAUGGGAGAGAAUAUAUGGUGAUGGGGACGUCGGAAGCUUGACAGCUUCGCGUGACUCGGACGAUGCAGAGCCCACAAACGAAAAAAGGAAUCGCAGCAGCCAAACGGACUCCUCUAAAACACGCUCGACUUCGAUUGUUGAGGUCAUCGAAAUGGCGGAGAUGCCAGAUGCUGUUGAAACCAAAAAACAGCCUACCGUCACAUUGAUGUCUUCUGACCAAGAUGAAGAUGGCAGGGUCACAGUUCGCGUUGCCACGGACGAUACAGUACGGUCAACCAUGGGGAGAGGGGAUCAGCAAUUGGAUACCGGAACUGCUAUGCAAAAUCUCCCUCUCAAAGGCGAUGAGGUUGAUCGGCGCAUGUCGACACAGUCAUCUGUGGCCAAAUCUGCUGUGCCUCCUGUCGUUCCUCUCCCAUUCACCAUUCGUGUCGCUGAUGAUAAUUAUGAUGCGCUGACGAACGGUGAUCGUUCCUCGGUGGCGACCUUCGCCGACGAAGAAGAAGAAGAAGAUACUGGAAUUCAUACUUCGGGCCAACGACACUCGCUUGCUAAACGACUUUCUCGCCUGUCCCGGGGAUCAAUGGAGCUUCUUGGCAACAUUUCACACCGAUCUAGUCGUGUCUUUGGAGACCAUCCAGAAAACGAACAUGGCGAAAGUACUGAUGAGUUAGUGAUUCCACGAUCGCGACCACGAGACGAUGACGGCUCAGUUGCGGCGACAAUUGAUGACGACAGCAUGAGUGGUGAUGUUCGCCAGUCCCUUCCGAUUUCAGAGCUCCCGAAGAGCAUUGAGAUCAACGCCGAGCUCUCUGAGACGGAUGAUAAGGGCAAACCGAGCCCGCCCCCAAUCGACCAGGAGACGUUCGUGCGUGCCGAUGGAAACGAAGCUACUAAGGCCGAAGAGCCUCCCUCGGCUGACGUGGAAAAGACCAGAUCCGCGACUUCUGGCUCAUCAGCCCGUGUUAGUUUGACUAAAGAUCGUCUACCUAGGUCACUCUCGCGGGUAGCACUUUCCUAUAGAACCAACGAGUGGGCGAAACAUCUGAGCAAUGCUGAAGCUCCGGAAGUUGAUGAAAUUCACAUCGAGGUAUUGCAAAACCCAGCGGUUCCGACCAUUGAGGCGCCCGCACCUGUACAUGUCGACGAGCUCCGAAAAUCGUCAACCGAAGGAACCCCUGCACCCAUGAUUCCAAGGCCGGACUCUCAGGCGUCCAAUUACUCGCACACAGCUUCAAGGCGCAACGUGAAACAACACGUUCCAGCCGCUCUCGCUUUGCUCACAGGCGAGAGUCAAAACCGAAGCCCUGGGACCACUCCAACUAGUAGCCUUAUGGCACGAACUUCUUCGGGAGGCUUGCGAAUAGCCUCGGGCGGGAUCGCUCCAAUUGCAGAAGAACAAAUUGUUUCAAGCCUGACUCCACCGAUUGUUGAGGAGGAAACCAUGGGGGUGCAAAACAUGACUACUCCAGCGGCAAAUGAAAGUCAACGCACUUCAACACCAGGCGUUAUAUCAUAUUCUAGCCCCCAGACUCUCCUUGGCCAACGAGAAAUGUAUCUGCGCAAUAAAUCGGCAGGGAACCUGGUGUCCAGCUCAUCCGAAUUGAACCUUGCCACACGCCACAGAGCUUCGAGCGACGCAGGAUCUCUCAGCAAUUAUCCGAUGCAUGCAGCUGCUAUUGGUGUAGAUGUGGACGACUUGCCAUUGAAUCAGAGGAAAGAACUCUUGCGACAGAGUAGUCUAAGCCCUUCAGUUUCAACACCGUCUUUGCAGCGGCUCAGUGGCGGCAGCAACGGUAAUGGGUUCAAUACUUCAGAAGCACUAUUGAACACCCACCAACCGAAACGUGUGUCAACUCUUCCCACCUCUGCAGCCCGCGAGGCUGCUCUUGCGACAUUCCGACAGUCAGUUCAGCAUGAGUUACGCGCAGGUACCCCUAUCAUUAGCAGUUCUGGCCGUGAGACACCCUUCACCCCAUCGUCUCUCUUGGCCAGCAGAGAAGUUGAGGUCCAGCGCAGUGUAGACAUGAGUCGUAACAUCCUUUUGAGUCAAAAGCAAGCCGAAGCCCAGCGCCGCGAGACACAGCAGCGGGAAAAGGAAUGGGCUGACAAAGCCUUCGACGAACGAAUGCGAAAUGGCGACCUUCUUGACGUUCAUCGUGAGGCUAUGCGUAAGCUCCAGAGGCACGCCAAAGACAUGUAA